AUGCCUGGUGUCCCCCUCGACGCGGUCGACAAGCUGAAGGGCGCCUUCAAGGGCCUCUUCCGGAAGAAGUCCAAGAAACCCGUCGCUGAAGCCGCCAAACCCACCGAACCUACCCCAACUGCCCCCGCUGCCGCCGCAGACGCCAAACCGACCGCGACAACCCCCGCCGCUCCAGCUCCUGCAACUGCUCCGGCUCCCGCUGCGGCUGCGGCUGCAGCUCCCGCGACGGCCCCUGCGGCAGAUGCUGCGAAGCCUGCUGCCGAUGCUCCUAAGCCAGCUGAACCCUCCGCCGAGCCUGCGAAACCCGAGCCCGCUGCGGCUCCCGCCGCCGCCGCGACCGAGCCAGCAAAGGCCCCGGCGGCAGCCCCAGCUAAAACCGCCGCUACCCCUGCCGCUGCUGAGAAGCCUGCUCCCGCGCCCGCCGCCGCGCCCGCUGUUGAUGCACCGGCGACGACCGCUGCGGCCAAGCCGGUGAAAGAUGCGGCUCCUGCAGCUCCACUGACGACCGCUGCGGCCGCUCCGGCGAAGGAUGCCACGCCUGCCGCUCCGGCGAAGGAUGCCACGCCUGCCGCUCCGGCGAAGGAUGCCACGCCUGCCGCUCCGGCGAAGGAUGCCACGCCUGCCGCUCCGGCGAAGGAUGCCACGCCUGCCGCUCCGGCGAAGGAUGCAGCGCCCGCUGCUACUCCCGCUACCGAACCGGCCAAGGAAGGGAUGAGUGCUACAAGUGGGCCGUUGGAGGAUAAUCCUACCUUGACUACCGCGAAGUGA